UGAAGAUGGUGCUGAUUCCCAUGUUUUUUUUUCAAUCUUUCUCUUUCUCUCAUUUACUCGAUUAUUUUGUAUUUUAUCUAUAAUUCAGUAAACCGCAUGCGUUCUCGACCAACCGAUGAAUCCUCGAUGUCAUAGAUUCAAGGACAAAACUGGACAAAGGUUAGUGUGUUUCGAUCUUAAAAAUUCUAGACAAAGGAAAGAGCGACGUAUUUGCGUUUGACGAGUUGAAACGUGCGGACGUUUGUGCUUCAUAAGUGAAAAGGAUAACAAUAUUAAUUCAAAAUGCAGAAAUUGAUAUUUCUAACAGUUCUCUUCUUUUGUGGAGUCAUAGGAGAAAAUUGUGAAGAUAAUAAUAAAAAAGAAGAAUGUGCUUUAGCACCUUUAGAUCAAGACAAGAAUUGGAAAUCAGCUUCUACCAUUUAUGAUUUUCAUGCUAAAGAUAUCCAUGGAAAUGACGUGUCAUUGAAUAAAUAUCGUGGACAUGUUUGUAUAAUUGUUAAUGUUGCUAGUAAUUGUGGACUUACAGAUACAAAUUACAGAGAACUUGUACAAUUAUAUGAAAAAUACAAUGAAAAAGAAGGUUUAAGGAUUUUAGCAUUUCCAUCAAAUGAGUUUGGCGGUCAAGAACCAGGAACCUCUGUAGAAAUUUUAGAGUUUGUCAAAAAAUAUAAUGUUACUUUUGAUCUAUUUGAAAAAAUUAAUGUUAAUGGAGAUAAUGCACAUCCAUUAUGGAAGUGGUUGAAGACACAAGCAAAUGGAUUCAUAACUGACGAUAUAAAAUGGAAUUUUAGUAAAUUUAUUAUUAACAAAGAAGGAAAAGUUGUUUCUCGAUUUGCACCAACUGUUGAUCCUUUGCAAAUGGAAUCUGAGUUGAAGAAAUAUUUUUAAUUGCAUUUAUAAUUAUUUUACUUGCUUGAUUCAGUUUUAAUCACCUGUAAUACUCUUAUUAUAUAUUAAUUGUUAUUAAGAUUAUUUUUAAGAUUGUUAUAAGAAUGAAUUUUUGCUGUUAUUUUCUUUACUUUAUAUGAACAGAAUUUAACAUUAAUAAUUUAAAAUUAUUUUCUAUAUAAUGAAAUUUUGAUUGAAAAUUAAAAGAUUAUAUACAAAUAAAUAUUUCUGUUCAUAAUUUACAAACAGUUUUAUUUAUUUUAUAUUUUAACAUUUUUAUACGACAUAUUACAUCUUAUUUGUAAUAUAUAUAUAAUAUUUUUAACAAUAUAAACUGUACAAAAUGUGAUUCGGUCAUUGAGACUCGACAAAAUUAUAUAUAAUAUGUAUUAUGACUUAAAUUUUAACAUUAAAUACAUAGAAAGCAAUUGUUAAUAAUAUAUGUAAGAUUACAACAAACUUGCUUUCAUAUAUAUCUAAAUAAUAUUUCUAAUUAUUUUUAAAUUACUAUCUUAUUAUUUAGUAUGAUAUAUAGUGUUACUUAACGUUGCUAUUUACAAUUUUUAAUACAAUGUAAUACAAUUAAUCGAUUAUUGAAUUAAAGAAACUACAAUUUAAUAUUGUAGAAUAUCAAAAUAUGCAUAUAUAAAGUGUAUAUUUCGUUAAUUCGUUGUGCUUAAAGUUUCAUUUGAUCGAGAAUUUCAAUCAAGAAUUCUUUGAUAACAAUAUGUAAAUCGAAAUGUAAAUCGAAAAAUUGAAUAAAAAUAUAUAAAUAAAUACAAUAA